AAUUGCAUAAUUCAAAAGAGGAUACUCUUUCAAUAUCUGUAUACUGUUUUCAUUCAUUUUCUCCAAUUUCAGUGAAAUCUUUCUUCUUCUUCUUCACUCCAAUGUCCGAUUCUACCGAAAAUCGUAGCCCCUUAGGGAAAGAGAUCUUGAUGUCCAUCCACUGCAUUAUGAAAUCUCACUCUCGCCAUUUCCAUGUCCUUUCAAUCCUCUUCCUCUUGCCUAUCUUUUUCACUCUCGUCAUAUAUCCUUCUUUCCACCUCGCAUUCUUUCAUCCCAAUUACAGUUUCUUUCAACUUCACUCGUACAUAAUCUCAGUGACCGCUUCCGAAGUUACUGUACUUCUGGUGUACACUCUGUUUGUCGUCCUGUUUUUCCUCUGUGCUGUAGCUACUAUUACAUAUAGUGCUGUUCAAGUGUCCUAUGAUAGACCUAUCAGCCUUGUUUCGUCUAUUAAAUCUAUCAGAAACUCCUUCUUCCCCCUUCUCUCCACCUGUAUCUUUUCUCACACCAUUUUCAUUUCGAUCACGAUGCUGUUGUUUUUUUCAGUCAAAAUUGGAAUCAAAUACGACUUGAAUCACCUCGGGUUCAUGUUCAUUCUCGUGAUCGUUCCAGUACUGUUAUGGCUACAGGUGAACUGGUCAUUAGCUUAUGUGAUAGCAGUGGUUGAAUCAAAAUGGGGUUUCGAAACACUGAGGAGAAGUGCGUAUUUGAUGAAGGGGAUGAGCUGGCUAACUUUCUGGACGCAUUUGUCGAAUAUGCUGAUUUACGUUCUUCUGUUGGGAAGCUUGGUGGCCUUUGGUUCCAUGGUUUUAGUCAUUUUGGAUGCCGCGGAAGGUAAUCAGUGGCGGAGUUUCGGAGUGAUAUCGCAGACACUGUUGUAUUCAGUGCUGGGAUUUGUUGUGAUGAACUACUAUCUUCUGGGAAAUGUAGCUACGUACAUGUAUUGUAAGGACUUCAAUGGUGAAAAAUCAUCGUUGGAGAUCGGAAACAAGUUCACAGGCGCUAGCGAGUAUGUAUCUAUGCCAUUGGGCGGUGAGAAAAAUCAUGCUAUUGUGUAACAUGGUGUGUUGUUAAAUUACUCUAGGUAGUGUCUUAAAUCGUGUGUGAUGCUUGGUAUGAAGAACAUAAGACAAUGUUAAAGAAAAAGAAAACAGCACGGUGGACUAAGCUCCCUCUGUGUGGGGGGGACUGUUUUCACGGCUCAAACCCGUGACCUCUAGAUCAUGUAACAACAACUUCACUAGUCAUGUCAAGAUCCCCUUCCAAGAGCACAAAGCAUGUUUACUCCAUGAAGCUAUUCAAAUUGGAGUUUGUUGUAUAUUAUUAGCACUAUUCUCGUAGUUUCUUGUUCCUAUUUCGACUCUAUCAUCGGUAAUUUUGUGUUCUUAUUAUUGUAUUAUUUCGUUGUCGCUA